AGCUUCAGCCAAACGGAUCCCCAACAAUCGCAGAUUCAAAAGCUCUGGUAGUACCCAGUACUAGUAUCCAUCCGCACCAUCCGCGAAUAAAAAAACUCGAGAUAAAAAUAAAUACAGUUGUAUCAGCGAAGAUAAGGUCGAUUAAAUUGCGAGGUUUAAACAAUAUUCAGCGUAACUGUUUUCGUCAUCAACAAAUAAAAAUAGAGACUUGAAUUAUUGAAGACGAAGCCCUAGAUUUGGCGAAGCAGGGGGCGUUGCGAGCGCUAGAUAUCGAACGAAAACAAAAGUUAUAUUUUCACCAGAAAAAUACGAAAGACCGGUUUUACCUGUUUUGUAUAUUAACGAGGAGAAAGAUUCAUGAGCGAGUUGAGUGAAGAAGUGAGGAAGUGGUGAAAAAAAAAUUUAUAAGGACUGGCAGAGCCAUUCAAGGGGAGAAUCAUCGAUCCGAGUAUGUAGAGAAAGGUCACGUGAAGAAAUAUACAGAAGUAUAAAUUGCAUUUUCCCCCUGGGAUCGCAAUAAGAAUCACUAGGAAUAACUCAUAAUUUCACAUUGAUUGAUUAUCAAUCACGCAAACUGGCUCCGGAGGUGAGGAUUAAACAAAUUGGAAUGAGGGAGGACCUCUCGUCCAUAAUACGACACACAAGCAGCGAUCAUUUUUCUGAAGAGCUUUAGCCCAUAAUUUGAAGCAUCAAAAGUCUAUUUUAUUUUAUUUUUUCCAAUUUUUUUUUAUCUGUCGUUUAAUGGAGAAAAUUUGAUAUUUUAUUUCGGCCGGGGCAAACUGUGAUAAAAGAGAGUUGUUUAUUUUAUCGGGGAGAGAUUAUUGUUGAGCAUUUGACGGAGAUUUAACGUAAAAACGGAUCUUGACGAUAAAUUUCAUCUUGGGCUUGAGGCCGGUAAGGUUAUGCCCUGGGUUGCUGCCUGUCUUGAUCUACUUGUUGGGCCCAUCAUUGGGUACUGCAUUGUCAUAAGGAGAUUGGCACUGCAGGCUGGAAUUCUUCAGGAGGAGGGAACCGAUACUGCUGGUAAGGGUGAUAUUAGGGGACUGAAGAUUGAACACAAUAUGGCACCCUGCGCCGAAGAAAAACGAGAAAGUGGAACUGAGUCAACGGUGAGAAAACCAGGAGUAACCAAAUCCCCGAGGAAAUUCUCUGGGGUUGUGAUAGCCACGUCGGGUCUUCCGGCACGCGGAAAAUCUCAUGUCGCUCAGAGUCUGGCUAGACGGCUAAAUUGGAAUGGCGAGUCAGCAAAAGUGAUGCGUGUCAGUGAUUACCGACGCAAGAAGCUCGAGCUCUACGGUACACACGAGCUUUUCCGACCUGACCAUGCCGCCAACUCAGCACUGAGGUCAUUGGCAACACGUGACGCUAUGCAUGAUUGUGCUGCAUGGUUGGCAUCUGGAAAUACAGUUGCUAUUCUGGACGGUUGCCUUGUGAGGAAGGAUCAACGCGCGGAGGUGUUCGAUUACUUCAACAAUCAAUUGGGCUAUCGGGUUUUAUUCAUCGAGUGCACAUGCAACGAUGAUGCUGCCCUGGAGCGCAAUUACGCCGAGGUCAUACGUUACAGUGUUGAUUAUGUUGGGAUGGAUCCAGUGGCAGCUGCUGAGGAUCUUAAGCUCAAGGUCGCCCACUAUGUCAUGGCAUAUGAGCCCAUGGACGAGAAGAACUAUCCGAGAAUUACUAUUGAUACAGUUACCAUGGACAUUCGUGCCCACAAAGUUGCGGGUCAUGUUGAGUCCAGUGUACUUGGGUAUCUUGGUAGUAUUACUGCUCAACCGCAUACACUCUACUUUUCUCGGCAUGGAGAGAGUGAGUACAACGUUCUCGGUAAAAUCGGUGGUGACGCAGUACUGAGUGCACGUGGUGAACGUUAUGCUCAGGCGCUCGCCUCGCGGAUCAAUUCCAUGCACAUACCAGAUCUACGUGUAUUGACGAGUCGUCUACGUCGCACUAUCGCAACUGCCAGGAGCAUCGAGGCCCCUCAGGAACAUGUGGCUGCACUCAAUGAACUCAAUGCUGGGGUUUGCGAGGGUCUCUCGUACGAGGAAAUGCAGGAAAACUAUCCACAAGAAUUCGCCUGGAGGGAUCAGGACAAAUUGCGCUACCGCUACCCCUGGGGUGAGAGUUACGUCGACAUAAUGCAACGUGUCGAUCCAGUUCUAGCUGAACUUCAACAAUCGAACAAUGUCCUCGUGAUAUCCCACCAAGCAGUGUUGCGUUGCCUAAUCGGCUUCUUUCUCGAUAAAAAACCAGAGGAAUUACCUUACAUGGAGGUCCCCCUCCACACGAUCCUUCGUGUCAGCAGUUAUGGCUUCGAAUAUCGCCUUGAAUUUAUAAAACUACCCAUUGAGUGUGUCAACACAACACGCACCAAGCCGAAGAACUGCAGUGCAAAUCGCACUGCUGACGAUGCAUUGAUCACUGUACCAGCUCACUACGACAUACCUGAUCCAUGGAGAAAUCCUGGCAGUGGUCCAACACUUGUUCAACAACACUGAGGGAAAUUUCACGAGGAGGAGACGUCGCCAUCAACGUCAUCGUCUCCUUCUUCAGUUUCAUCAAUGAAAAUCGUCAAGAAUUUGAAGAAAAUAAUUUGAGGUUUCUCAUUGAAAAAAAAGGAUUGGAAAAAAAACUGGUUUCAGUUGGCAGAUAAUUAUGGGAAAAUUUGAAUUGUCUUGGAGUUGCGGAAGUGGUGGCGACACACCUUGAUCCCUCGAUUUUUCUUUUCGAUACAAUUUAAGGUAUUUAAGGUACUUAUGAUUCAUAAAUGAUAAUUUUACAGUUUCAACCCUCUGACUCGCAAACCGUACGAAACCGUAUCGGUGUGAUAUGGCCGCCAAUCACAGCGCGAGAGAAAUGGGCAUGUGACUAUUCCCUCACUCCUGUUGCGUCAGGGCCGUUGUAAGUAUUGCGAAGCAAUUGGGGCCCUCUGCAUAUUCUCGCGUAAUACGUAGUAGAAGUUUUGGUAGAUAGACAACAAAUAAUGAGAGAUAAAAAUGAAAACAUGUCAGUGGUAAAGAGUCAGUGCCUAAAAAAGAAAAAGAAUUAAAGUUUAUUGAAAAGUGGAAAAAUUUAUGUAGAAGUGAAUACGUGAAACAUAAAAAGGCAUCCAGAAGGAAUCCAGAUGAUUUUUCAGCAAAGAAAAAGAAAAAAAUUGAUGAAUAACUAGAACGAAAACCAUUUGUUGAAAAUCGAGGUCCUGUCCAUGAUUUGGAGAUUGACAGCAAUGAGAUGUCUUAUUUCAAAUUGCUUCUUUUCUUCCUUAAAUUUGUUUCAUCCUAUCUGCCAAUAAAUUCCUUUAAAUUUUUUUUUAUUUGGGACUCAUGUAUUCAAACGUACGCUUAGUGCUACGGCACUGUUCGCACGCUCGCUGCUCAUCCCCUUCCACGUCGAACGCCCGGCCCCCAUAAGUAGGGGAUAAGAUUGGCAGUCAGAGGGUUAAUCUAUUCGUUAGUGCCUAAAUGUCACUGAAUGCAGCUGAAUACUAAAAAAUCGUUGAGUGAAUACGAAAAUUGUGGUUUAUCAAAGGUAGUCGUGCAUUUUAAACAGACGUACAAAAAAAGCCGUAGAAAAACCUGUGGAAUUCUAUAAAAAAUUCUAUUGAAUUUCUGCAGAAUCAUUUUCAAUAUGAAUGUUGCAAGUUUUCUCAGUCAAUGUUUCUUUUUUUUUCAUUUGAAAAAUGAAAAAAAAAUGAGUCGAGGAAUUUCUAUAGAAGGUAUUUCCAUAGAAUAAGUUGUGCAGAAAUAUCGAAUUCUACUGAUUUUUCUGUGAAAAUUUUUCGCACGUGUGGACACUAUCGAAACAGAAAUUUUCAUUUGUUACGCAGCAUAGCUGAUGGAUUAGUCCAGAGAAGAAGAAGGAUCCGUUGAAUUAAUUUAUGAUAAAUGUAUAUUUAAGGGAGGAGUCGCUAGGGCUCUGAUUCGACCGCAUAAAUUGCAUAAUAUCGUCGUUUUUUAGAUGAUAAAAAAAUCAAGUCGAGUUGAAAUAACAGAGCAGAAAUAAAGUGAGAAUGAGUGGUGAUAUAAUUUUGCAUGAAACCAUUAGAAUCUGUCAAUGGUCCUUGAAAAUACGAAAAUAGUGGAUAAAUGAUGUACCUGUAGUCUCGAAUUUCAACUCAAUGAUUGAAAUUAUUCAUUGUGAGGGAUUUUCCCGGAAUUUUAAUUCAUUUAAUUUAAGGAUUUUUCUUCGUGAAAUUGUAGAGACAGAUAUAAAGAUCGUGAAAUUAUUUACAAUUGAGAAAGAGGUGGUCAGGAUAUUUACAGAUUAGUUGGUGAGACGUUAUGAUUAAGUCAUAUAGAGUAAUUAGAUUACGUGAUGUUUUUUUAUUGUCAUAUAUGAGGUAUAAUAAAUAAUUUUUUUACAUGAA